AUGGAAGGUAAAAAAAUAUCAACAUUUAUAAAAAGUAGAAAGUCUACUAGCAGUAGUUUAAGUUUAACUUCGAGUAUGCAACAGAGCAACACACUUAAUGGGGCAUCAACGACACAAGCCAACACAUCCACCUCAUCUCUAUCUUCAUUAACUACAAACGGAAAUAAUGGUAAUAGUCUUACACAAUCAAACUCAAACCACGACUUGGCACAAUACACAGAGUCAUAUAAUAAGAGAAACACAAGACAAAUUCCAUCAAUUCUUUUAGAGGAUGAAAUAGAAAAGGAAGAGGAUUAUCCAUUUGACUUUGAAAGAUAUUAUUAUGAAUCAAAGGAAAUCAACAGGGAAAUUUCAAGGGAGUUAGUUACAAUACCAGAUGAUACUGUUCAAAAUCAAAUUGAAAAUUUACCAAAAGAAAAUAGAAUUUCAUCAAACCCAUUUGAUUAUAAAGAAAAUAAAAAUCAACAUAUUGAUGAUUGUAUUAGGUUUUAUUCAAUGAACAAUUGGAAAUCAUUAAAGACAUUUAAUUAUUAUAAAGACGAAACACCAGGAGCAGUUGUAACAUCAUUAACAGAAGAAAGGGUCGAGUUUAAAACUGAACCAAUUGUAACAAUUAAUAAUUUAAAUAGUAAUAUUAGUAUUAGUAUUUCACAGUCAUCACAACAACUACAAUCUACACUACAACAACAACAAUCUACACUACAACAACAACAACAAUUACAAAUUCAACAAAAUCUAAAAGAGAUUACAUAUUUAUCACAACAACAUCAAUUUCAAAUUCAAAAUACACUUAAAACUGAUAGACCAGAUCAAUUACAUUUAAAUUAUUUGGAGAGACAGUUUAGAAAAGAAAAAGUUUCAUUAAAUAAUAAUACACCAAAUGAAGAUGGUACACCAGCAACAGAUCUUUCAUUAUAUUCAUAUUUUACCCUUUAUGAACCACCAGUACAAUAUCACGAACCAACUCCCUAUCAAAAAGAAAAGAAAAGAAUUAUUCAAGUUACUGUUAAAGAUUUAUCAUUUAAAUUUUGGGAAAAAGAUGACGAACCAGAACCAUUCUUUUGUUCAAUGUACUUGUAUGAUAUCCAAAAGAAAACUAGAUUAUCUGAAAGCUUUUAUUUCGAUUUUGUUAAUGAUAAAUCAUUUAAAAUGCUAAACAAUGCUUUCUUGGGUGCAACUGUUGUUGAUGAAGUAUCACAAGCCAAAUCUACAAUCUUUUCUGUUGCCUCUAGAUCAAGUUCAGACUUGGAGAAUAUUUAUUUAAUUCUCAAGGUUGAAAAGGUACUCAGUGGUAAUUUAGAUGAUCAUUCAGAGCCAUAUAUAAAAAUGAAUUUAAAGGAAAAAGAAAAAGAAAAAUUCAAAGAAUCCAUCAAAUCUCAUUGUCAAAGACUUGGCCAAUUUAGACAGGCUUUUUGUUGGGGCUGUAUCCCACUCUUUGAAGAAGGUGUUGCAGAAGAUACUCCUAUCCGUCCAUUAUACCGUCAUCGUUCUGAAAUGACUGAUUCAGCAAUGUUAGAUUCAACUCUUUCUGAAGGUUCUAAAAGUGCUUCAACUAAAAAAUUAAAAAUUAUACCAGGUCAAUGUAUAAUCGAUGUUAAAGAAAUUAAACCAAAUGAUAAUGAUUCACCAUAUAAUAAUAAAUAUAUUUUAAAUAGUUCAUUAGUAAAAGUUAAUAAUAUUAAUACAAAUAAUAAUAACAAUAAUAACAAUAACACAACGACAAAUCCAAUAUUAUUACCUGGUAAAAUUCCAGAAAAUACUUUAAUUGAAAAUGUAUUUAAAGAAAGUCAAGAAUUUACAUCAUCAUCAAAAGUUGAAAUUAAUACCGAGUUUGUAAAUAAUUUAUAUAUUUAUCCCGAAAUAUUAAAUUUAUCAAAUCGUUCAGGAUCAUUUGCUGCUCGUAAUUUAACAUGUAAAAUUCAAUUAUUGGAAACCGAUGAAAAUCCAUUGUGUCCAGAAGGUUUAAAAGCAAUUUAUGGUAAAAGUAAAAAUCAAGCAUUUGUUAACAAGGCCUAUACUCAAGUUACAUAUCAUUCAAAAAGCCCAGUAUUCAAUGAUGAAGUUAAAAUUAGAUUACCAUUAUCUCCAUCACCAUCACUUCACAUUCUCUUUACAUUCUACCAUAUUGCAUGUCAAAAGAGUAGCGAUAAGAGUGAUUUAGUAGAUCACCCUGUUGCUUAUGGUGUUUUACCAAUUAUUCAAUUUGGCAAAUUAAUUGGUGACGAAGUAUUUAAUAUUCCAUUGGCUUAUGAAUUCCCAUCUCGUUAUAAUAGACGUGAUCAAGAAGCACACAUUAAAUAUAUCGAUAAUAAGAAACCAAUUUUCCAAGUACGUUCUAAAUUAGUUUCUAGCAUUCAUAGUACAGAUGAUUAUUUAAAUAAUUUCUUUAAUAAUAUUUCACAAUUUUCAUUUAUAAAUAAUUGUUUAAAUAGUAGCGGUGGCUCAGUUCCAACAAGUCCACCAAUUUCAAAUUCAUCUUUACCAACUUCACCACUUUCUCAGUCAUUAUCUAAUCCACAAACUACCGCUACUACCACCGCUUCAACAUUACAACAACAGCCAUCACAAGCUAAUUUAACACAAUCAGUAUCAUCAAAUUCCUCUACACCACCGGCACCAACUCCAUCAAAUAACAUUUUAGAGCAAUUAAUUAAGAGCAUAAAAUUAUUACCAUCAAGCAAAAUGGAAUGUAUUGUACAAUUUUUCCCAAUUAUUAUGAAUCAAUUAUUUAGAUUAAUGACCAAUCAAAAUCAUUCAUCUGAACUUUCAAUGGUGACAUUUAUAACAAUUGGUGAGAUCCUUUCAAUGGUCAAUGAUGCAUCAAGCUCUAUUUUUGAACGUUACGUUAAAUAUGUAUUUUCAAAUUGCGAAAAUAAUGACGGAUCAACUUUACCAGUGUACGAGGUUUUAAUUAAAACUUGGUUAGAAUUAGUCAGAUUCCAAGAGCAAAAUUCAGAAAAUAUUCUUCGUUUCUCUAGAUUCUUCUUUUCAGUAAUUUAUAAAUCUAUGGCAUUAUCAUUGAUCGAAAGAGGCAAACGUGAAGAAAAUAAAACAAGAAAGGGUAGAUUUGUAGGUGUAAGACCACAAUUAGCUAAACUUAUCAGUAUCUUAAGAUGGGAGUCUUCAACUCGUGCAAAACAUACAUUCAAAUUGGCUAAAGAAUUAAUUAGAGGCUUAGCUUCAUUCAUCUCUCAAUUACUUUCAAUUGCUGACAGAGGUUAUGUAUUUAAAAUUAUCGAUAGAGCAGUUGUUGAUUUCUCAAAUAAUUCAAAUGGAGAGAAUGAAAUGGAGCUUUGUGAAUUGAAAUUCGAAUUCCUUCGUAUCAUUUGCCAAAAUGAUUAUUUCGUUCAACUUAAUAUUCCACUUCCAUUCCGUAUUGAUACCAACUUAAAAUUACAACAAACUUUAUCAACUUCCAAACACUUUUUAUCAGAUUUACUUUUACAUAAUAUUUCAAGUGGUAUUGCAAGUAAAAUCGCAUUAAUUCGUAUGGAUGCUGCUAAUGCUCUUAGAGAUACUUUAACACGUUUAGAAAUGGAUACUAGAUGGCCUGAAACUUCAAAUAAACAAAGAAUUGUUGGUGUUUUCACACCAUAUCUCUCAAUUAUAGUCAACCAUUGGGACAAUAUCAAAGACGAUUCAUUCAUAAUGAAGAGAAAUAUUUUAAUAUCAUUCAUCUACUUAUUAAAGACUAUUCAUCCAAACCUUAUCAAAAUUUGGUGGAGAGAAGAGCCAAAGGCAAAGCACGUCACUCUAUUUGAUAUUUUAAAUCAAUGCUCAGAGAUAUUUGAAUUUGUUGGUAAAGAUAUUUUAAUGGAUAAGGUAGAAUCAUCAACAUCACUUCGUACCUCUACAGCUAAAUCGAUUUUAGAAGAUUUUUAUUCAAAUUCUAGAAAUUCACCAUUUGGUAGCAAGAAACUUUAUAACAGAUCAUUACGUGAAAAACGUGUUGAUAGUCGUAAGAGUGUUUUAGAUAGUUAUAGUGGUGGAGGUUUAAGCUCAAGUAUGGUAGGGGGUAGUCCAGUAAGUGACAGUAGAUCUUCGACAUUAGGUAGUAGCAAUUCACCAUCAUCGUUGGUUUCAAGCUCGAGCAAUACAAGUAUUUCAAGUUCAUUUUCACGAGGUGGUUUAGCUGAUAGUGUUAGUAGCACUGGAAGUGGUAGUGGAAUUUCAACAACAUCAGGUGGUGGUGGCAGUGGUUAUAAUAGCACACUAAGAAAUGAAAAAAGAAUGAAGGGUACUAUUGCAGCCCAAAAUAAAAUCAACGUAUCAGAUUAUGAUGAUCGUUUGGAAAGUCAUUUAGCAUUAGAGGUUGGAUCAGUUAUUUUAGACAUUGCCGAUGAAUUCAUGUAUGAAUAUGAAAGAGAUUUAAAGACUGUUCAUUACUUUGAUGUUAUUGAAAAGAUCUUUACUCUUUUAAAUUCAAUGUUAAAAAAGAAUCAACCAGUACUUUUAGUUCCAAAACUUUAUGCUACAUUAAGACAAUUCAUCUAUAGAUUCCCCAAAUUAUUAUUUGAAAGUAAUAAUUCGUUCUGUUUAGAUCUUUGUAACGCUGUCAUUCGUCAUUGUAAUUCUGUUAAUGGUGUAACUCGUGAAGAAGCUUCUGCUUUCACUUAUAUUCUCUUUAGAAAGAAUUUCGAACAAACCAGAAAGAAUUUUGUUAGAACUAAAACCCAAGUUACUAUUGGUCUUUCCACUAUUGUUAAAAGUAUUAAAGAUGAUUAUUUCCUCAAGAAAUCUCUUGACACAAUUAAUGCUUAUGCUGCAGCUCAAGCCGAUAAAGCAGGUACCAAAUCAUUUAGCAAACAAAUCGAAGAUCUCACUAAACGUUUACAUACAUUUGUAAUUGAUAAUAUAAAAAUCAAUAAUCAUCGUGACGAUCCAGAAAUGGUAGCUGAUCUCUAUCAUCGUAUUGCAGAUAACAAUAAGAGUAAUGCUGAUACCAGAAUUUGUUGGUUACAAGGUCUUGCAGAUUUCCACCGUACUCAAGAAAACUAUGUUGAAGCCGCUCAAUGUUAUUUACAUAUGUCAUCAUUAGUAGCAGAGUAUCUUUCAUUAAUUGGCAAACCAAUUCCUACUAUUCAGGGUAGUAGCAAUUUCAUGGGUAUUAAUAAGAAUUCACUUGAAGAAAGUCACACCUAUAUCGAACGUGAGGAAGAUGGCGCAGAUGACAACCAAUCGUUCACUCUAGACUUUUUCAUGAAGUUAAUUCAAGAGGCAAUUUUAUUAUUAAAACAAGCUGAUUACUUUGAAGUAGCAAAUCUUGUUUAUAAAUUAUUAAUUCCAGUUCACGAACAUCACUUAAAUUAUGAGGAGUUAGCACGUUCCCAUGGUGAUUUGCAAGAUAUUUUCAAAAAGAUUGUCGAAUGCACAAAAACUCAAUCUCGUAUGCUUGGCUCAUAUUAUCGUGUAGGUCUUUAUGGUAAAUCAUUUGACGAAUAUAGUGGCAAAGAGUUUAUUUAUAAGGAGCCAAAGAUUACCCGUCUUGUCGAAAUUAAAGAUCGUCUUAAAUCAUUAUAUGCUAAGAAAUUAAAUGUUAGCGAAGAUUCAAUUGUAAUAAUAGAAGGGUCUCAAGUUGAUACAAAUUCAAUUUUACAACAAAGUAACGACAAUAACAAAGUUUAUCUUCAAAUUACAUCUGUAUUACCAUAUUUCACCGAAGAGGAUUUACAAACAAGAAGAACUCCAUUCGAUAAAACUGUAAACCUAAAUAGAUUUAUUUUUGAAACUCCAUUCACCGAAACUGGUGCUGGUCGUGCAAAUUCCGUAGCUGAUCAAUAUAAGAGAAAGACUAUUCUUACUGUACAAAAUUAUUUCCCAUAUACUAAAAAAAGAAUUCAAGUCACUGGAAAAAAUGAAAUUAUUAUUUCACCAAUCGAAAAUUCAAUUGAAGCUAUCGAAACUAGAACCGAAACCUUAUUAAAUGAAGUUAAAUCAAAAAAUCCAAAUCCAAAAACUUUACAACAAGUUUUACAGGGUACAUUAAGAUUGCAAGUAAAUUCAGGUCCUCAAGAAAUUUGUAGAAUAUUCCUUCAACCAGUCAAUUCAGCUAAUGAUCAACCACCACCAACAACUUCAAGUGGAUCAAUUUAUCCACAAGAACAAAUAAAAAAACUAAAGAAAUCAUUAUCAGUAUUUUUAGGUAGUUGUGCUGAGGCAUUGUUUAUUAAUAAAAGUUUAGUCGAAAAUCAAUCUUCACAAGAAUUCCAAGAGGAAAUGGAACAAGGUUAUAUACAAUUAGUAGAGUUAAUGGAAACAUUUGGAGUAAAUCCACCAGAGGGAUCAUAUAGUCCACAAACCAUCAAUAGUAAUAGUAACUCUAAUAGUGGUACUCCAACUAUUCAAUUAACUCCAUUAUCACAAUCUAUUAAUAAUAGCAACGGUUCACCAAACACACCAUCAAAAUCUCAUAGCAGAAAUGGUUCAAGAAAUAGCACAAAUGGUAUAACUUUAGAAAGUACAGUUUUAGAAGAGGAAGCUAACCAACAAUCACAAUUUUCAACAUCAUUAUCAACCUCCUAUACCAAUAGAAAAUCUUUUACUCAAAGACUUUCAAAUAGUUUUAAAUCUGAUAAUAACUAA